AUGCCCCUUUUUCUAGUUUCCACUCCUCUGCGCACCGGACUCAUUAUUCUGGUCUUUAGCUCAGCUCUUGCGCCUGUUCUGCAUUCCCUUUUGGACACUGUUUCCACGGAUACCACCUACGCCAUGACCUUCCUCUUCCUCCUCUUGAAUUUCGUGUCCAUUCCCUACGGAAAUGGAGUGCGGGGUCCCCGAGCCGACGGUUCCAUGGAUUCAAACGUUGUGUCCGUAGCCACUGGCUUCCUUGCCUCGCUUUGCAUGGCCAGCCGUCUACCGGGCCCAAAGGAGACACUCAUUUUGAUCCUCUCUGCCACUCUCGUUUUUGCUACAUGGCCCACUAUCCGCCAUCGUAUACAGUUCUGCGGCGGAAAACACGCUCGACUUGUCUUCACUGUGGGCCUAGGCGCGUCUGGUGCUGCGAGUUUAUUGCCUUUUUUCUUGGAUGACAGCAUCGAACCUGUCUACAAGAGGCUGCUUGCCGCUGGUGUUGUACUCUCGACCUUUUUAAUUAAUUUUGGCAUUCCACUACUCUUCUACAGGAUGCAAUACGCCAAACAGUAA